UUCUAUGGAACGCGACACCACACAUGUCUUUGAACACUUUGUUGUUGUAACUCUGGUUUUUCUCUGUCUUACUCACUGAGUCAUAAAUCAUGACUUCAUCAGCCGUCAGAGCGGCUGCAGCACUGAGCUGGAGAGGUGGGGGGGAACUUCCGUGUUUGAGCAACAACUCAAACUGAACUGUUGUACUUCACUGAACUGUUACUGUUCUCUCAGUGUUCUCAGUGUUCUCAGUGUUCUCCUGUCAGAGCGGCAUCAGCACUGAGUAGUUGUAGAGGUCUAACGGGGGGAACUUCCGUAUUUGUGCAACAGUGAACUGUUCUCCGGCUCAGUGUUGUCAGUGUUCUGCUGUCAGAGCAGCUGUUCUGUUCUGUUCUGUUCUGUUCUGUUCGGAUGAGAUGGAGCCCUCCACCUUCCUCUACGACGUCCCUCCAGUGGUGGUGGAACAGUUGUGUAAGAUCCUGGACAGCGGAGACGACCGGUUCGGAUGGAGAGGACUAGCUAUCCGAGUUGUCCCCAGUUCGUUGGAAGUUCGCAUGUUGGAACGCACCGAGGCGACGGGUCGGAGUCCCACCAGGGAGCUGCUGUGGUCCUGGGCUCAGGAGAACUCAACGGUGCAGGACCUGCUGAAGGUGCUGCAGGACAUGGGCCACCACAGAGCUCUGCAGCUCUUCAAGGGUCAACCUCAAGCAAUAACGGAAACCUCCCAACCGGAGGCGAGUUCUGCACCUCAAGUAUUAUGUCCAGUGAGCUCUGCUGCAGAAAACCCGAGGCCCAUAAUAACUUUCCAGGACGUCAUAGAAGGAACCAGAGACUUUCAUCAUGAAAUGAGAAUCGCAGAGGGCCACUUCUCCGACGUCUACAGAGCGCAGAUAGGAAGUAAAACAGUCGCAGUGAAGCUUUUUAAACAGACCAACGUGGCAUCGUGGAAGAAGCUGUGGGAUAUCUUCACAAAGGAAAUGGAAAUCCAUCAUCUGUACCAACAUCCAAACAUCUUAGACUUGCUGUGCUGUUUUUCUGACGAGGGCCGCUACUGUCUGGUCUAUCCUUACCUCCACAACGGAUCGCUCUCCCACAGACUACACCAUCAGGGCGGAGAGCGACCUCUGUCCUGGCAAGAGCGUCUCACCAUCAUUAAAGGAACUGCUAAGGCCCUGUAUCACCUCCAUACAGCCCAGCCCUGCCCAGUGAUCUGUGGAAACAUCUCCAGCGCCAACAUCCUCUUGGACGACGACCUGCAGCCCAAGCUGUUCAACUUCGGGUCGGCUCGUCUCCGUCCUCAUUCAGCCAAUCAGCAGUGCACCAUCACUCUGGACACGAGGGCCCACGCUGACCUGGGAUACCUCUCUGAGGAGUACAUCCGAGACGGCAAGCUGUCCUUCAGCCUGGACGUCUACAGCUUUGGGAUGGUUAUAAUGGAAACAGUAACGGGACGGAAGGUCGUAGAGGAUGCACCGAAACAAAAACCACUGAGAGAUCUGCUUGUGACUGAGGUGGAGGACAGCGGCGGCGUGGACUCUUGUCUGCAGUUUUUGGACGCGGCGGCCGGUCGUUGGCCGACGGCUGUGGCCCUCGGCCUCCUGCGUCUGUCCUUGGACUGCACCGCCAGCCGCCACCGCAGCAGACCGAGCACGGAGAAUGUACUUCUGGCAUUGAGCAAGCUGCUUCCUCCACCGAGCUGCCCCCCCGCCGACCAACCCCACAGCCUGGAUGACAGACUCCCUAUUAACGCCCAGCUGAGCCUCUCACCCUCCAUACCUGUGGAGCACGAUGAGCAGCUCAGCCUCCCCGGUUCUCUGAAACCGGUGGGGGGGCCCUGUGAAUGCAGCCAGUCGGAGGUGACGUACGUGAGUGACACUAUGGGGGCUUCCGGCGAGGAGGUGGUGGUGUUGGACCUGUACAGCAGCGAGGACCUGUACAGCAGCUGUCCCGUUCAGUGCAGCUGCCCCGCUGAGACCGGCGGUCUGGCAUGUGAGGACUGCAGGGCCAACGGCUUCACCCCUGACCACGCAGACAGUCCUCAGACUGACGUCGUGGUGGAAAACGCAGCCAAGGAGAGAAUGAAGAACAAACUGAGUCUUUAUAACGAAGGACGGAUUCACACAGAGGAACUGUUCUCUGAGACGGGACUGUAGUAGUAGUAGAGAGACUUCCUGUUACACUCCUGUCCUGUUUCGUAAAGCCCACUCAGAGAUGAAGCAAGCGGGGCGAUUUGCAAUCCCUGCAGCCACAGAGCAGAACAUAGAAAGCAGCAUGUUAGAGGUAAAACGGACAAAACCACAGCCAGGAACAAGGCAAGCAGUCCUCCGGUUAGCUCGGCCUGUUUCACUGCUCUCAUGUCUUCUGGGUUCAGAUCCACUGUGAGUGAUGUGAUGGCAUUAAACCGUAUGAAACACAGAAUAACCCCGGCCAGGUUCAAGAUAAUAAGCAUUUUCUCAAAACUAAUAUUUGUACAAGUAACAUAACAGCAUCUUUAUUUAAAUACCUUCACGUUGUGGUUGUCUCUUGUGUUUUCAGUAAGGAGAAUUUUGGUUUCUUAUAUUUUAUUCUUACGACAUGAAACGAGAACAAAAGGUAGAAACGUUGCUCUCACUCAGGUUGAAGGUGUGUAUAUUUUUUAUAAUGCAUUAUUUUAAAGCACAUGUUGAUGUAAUUAAAGGUACCUUGU